AACUCAUUCACCACUGCAAGUUUGCUCCGCUGAUGAGCGCAAUGGCUUUUUCUGCGCUUGAGGUGAGACUGCUUCGGCUUGGCUGUCAAAGGUCAAAUGCCUUUGCUGUGCCUCUGAGACGUCCGUACCCGCGGUUCCCCCAGCCAUCGAUCCUCGGAGCUCAGAAGUCGACUGCCCGGGCAUUUCAGACCUCGAGCAACUCACCAAGAGUACCGGAUUUUGCAUUCGCCUUUGACAUUGAUGGCGUCCUACUCCGUAGCUCCAGCCCGCUCCCCCGAGCACACAAGGCGCUUUCUUAUCUGCAAGAGCAGGGAAUCCCCUUCAUUCUCCUCACUAAUGGAGGAGGGAAAAGUGAAACCGAUCGGGUGGCAGAAUUAAGUAAGAAGCUGGACGUGCCUCUGGAUCUUAGCAUGUUUGUGCAAAGUCAUACCCCUUUCGCGCAGAUGGUCGAGGGUGACGGCGUGCAGGAAGGGCUGCGGGACAAAUGCAUCAUGGUAGUCGGCGGUGACGGAGACAAAUGUCGGCAAGUUGCUGAGAAGUACGGCUUCCGGAAUGUGGUCACACCAGGCGACAUUAUCGUUGCGCACCCGUCUAUCUGGCCGUUCUCUUACAACUUCAUGGACUAUUACAAGAAAUUCGCCCGGCCUCUUCCCCGCCCCAUCGAUGCGGAGGAUCCUAGUAAGAGCCUGAAGAUCGACGCUAUUUUCGUCUACAACGAUCCCCGGGACUGGGCGGCCGACGCACAGAUUGUGCUGGAUGUUCUCUUGUCCUCCAAUGGUGUCUUGGGCACCUAUUCCUCCAAGAACAACGAUCCGAGUCUGCCCAAUCGAGGAUACUUGCAGGAUGGACAGCCCCCGCUUUACUAUUCGAACCCUGACCUCUUGUGGGCGGCGGCAUAUCACCUCCCGCGACUAGGCCAGGGUGGUUUCCGCGAGGCGUUGGAUGGUGUUUGGGCCGCUGUGACCGGAGGGCCACAGAAGGGUGUCGAUCUGCACAAGCAAAUCAUGGGCAAGCCAUAUCAGGGUACAUAUGAAUUUGCCGAGAAGCUUCUCAUCUCGCAUCGACAGGCUCUUUUCCCAAAGGCAUCAUUACCCCCACUCAAGCGUGUUUUCAUGAUCGGAGACAACCCAGAGUCCGAUAUCCAGGGCGGAAACAACUUCAAAUCUCCGAUUGGCAGUGAGUGGUAUUCUCUAUUGCUGCGAACAGGGGUCUAUCAGGGCGGGGAGCCGGCUCAUACGCCCCGGGCCAUCUGCGACGACGUAUGGGACGCAGUUCGCUGGGGUCUGAACAGUGCGGGAUGGGGAGCGCCUAAAGAGUAGACGGGGAAGGACUUUUGUUUUUUGCUGCAUUUCUUUUGGGGCUACUUUUGCAUUUUAUGUAACACAACGGUUCUUUUGGAUAGCUGUAGAUCACUUACUUUUGAGUACUGUGCAUAAUAUCACUAGACUGAUAGAAAAGAGCGGAGCCAGGGACAGGGAAUAUCACAAUAUUGAAAGAAGAAGGAAAUUUCCUUUUGCAUGACAGGCU